CUAGGUUGGGCUCUUAAGUGAGUCAUCUGUGACCAGUAGGGGAUGCUGACCCCCAACGUGCAGACUGAUGAGCAACUGACCACCAACUGAAGGUGUCCCAGAGGCGAGGCUUGGUGGGGACUGAGCUGGGCCCCACUUAACCCCUUCCUGCCCACUUGUGUGCGGAAGGAGACCCAGCAAAGCAGCUGGAGGAAGAAGGGAAGGAGGCGCCCCACAGCUGGGGCCCUCGGGGUGUCACUAGCAUGGAAGGGAUCGCUGCCCCUUGGACUGAGGCCAGAACAGAUAGGAAGCCGGGACCCUUGGUCAGCGGAGUGGACACACAAGAGUUAACUGGUGGGGUGUGACAGGGCGAACCGCCCUCAGGAAGUGUUACUCACCGCUGGGAGUGCGCCUGUGCCUGGGGGCUGAAUUCUCUUCCUUAGUCCCGGGAGAAACCAGGAGGCGCAGAGGAGCUCCCUGCCAUGGAGGCACCUGGGGAACCCAGGGCAGCCCCCUUGGCAGCACCUGGCCUGUUCAGCCUGUCCAGCGGUGGCCCUUCUGGACACUUGCCCAGAGAAAAGCCAGCCCAGGACCCGCUGUAUGAUGUGCCCGACCCAGGCGGAGGCCGGGCAGGGGGGCCCCAGCGGCCAGGACGCACCGUGAGCCUUCGGGAACGCCUGCUGCUCACCCGCGCUGUUUGGCUGCAGUUGCGGGCCAAUGCUGCGGCCGCCCUGCACAUACUGAGGACCGAGCCCCCAGGGGUGUUCCUGGUGCGGAAAUCCAACACCCGGCAGUGCCAGGCUCUGUGCGUGCGGCUGCCAGAGGCCAGCGGUCCCUCCUUCGUCUCCAGCCACUACAUCCAGGAGCACCCAGGCGCUCCCCCAGGCAUCUCGCUGGAAGGCUCGGAGCUGGUAUUUCCUGAUCUUGUCCAACUCAUCUGCUUCUACUGCCAAGCCCAGGACAUCCUCCUCCUCCCGCUGCAGCUGCCCAGAGCCAUCCAGCAGGCAGCCACCCACAAGGAGCUGGAAGCCAUUUCCCAUCUGGGCAUUGAGUUCUGGAGCUCCUCCCUCAAUGCCAAGGCCCAGCAGGGCCUGCCCGAUGGCCCAUGGCUGCCCCGGCUAAAGGCCCGCUCCCCACAAGAACUGGACCAGGGCACUGGGGCCGCCCUCUGCUUCUUCAACCCCCUCUUCCCGGGAGACCUGGGCCCCACCAAGCGGGAAAAAUUCAAGAAGAGCUUCAAAGUGCGUGUGUCCACCGAGACCUCCAGCCCGCUGUCUCCGCCGACUGUGCCACCUCCGCCUCCGCCUGCGUUGCCACCUGCACCAGCGGCGGCUGAAAGGCUGCCCCCUUCCCGCCAGCUGCUGCGGAGGGAGAGCUCCACCGGGUACCGCGUGCCUGGGGGCGCUGGCCCAGGCCUGCCCCCACUGCCCGCCCUCCAGGAACUGGACUGCGGCUCCCCCAGCAGCUCUGAGGAGGAAGGGGCGCCCGAGCCUGGGGGCAGCCCAGCAAGCUCGCCCCACCUGGGCCGCCGCCGGCAGCCUCUACUGCGGUCCAUGAGCGCGGCCUUCUGCUCUCUGCUGGCGCCCGAGCGGCAGGUGGGCCGGGCGGCCGCGGCGCUCACUCGGGACAGGCACACAGCUGUGGGCCAGCUGGUGCAGGACCUCCUGACGCAGGUGCGGGCCGGGUCUGAGCCCCGGGAGCUGCAGGGCAUCCGCCAGGCGCUGAGCCGGGCCAGAGCCAUGCUGAGUGCAGAGCUGGGUCCAGAGAAGCUGCUAUCUCCAGAGAGGUUGGGUGAGGCCCCCAGCCUGGGAGAGUGGGUGCUGGGUGGUUCGUCCUGUGCCUCCCUAACCCUGCCCUCUGCCCCGCCUCUCCCCCACUCCCCUCACCCCUGCCUACCACCUCCCUCUGCAGAGCAGGUCCUGGAGAAGUCACUGCACCGCUCAGUGCUCAAGCCCCUGAGACCCCUCCUGGCCACGCGGCUUCGUUGCCGGCUCUCCGCUGAUGGCUCCCUGGGCCGCCUGGCUGAGGGCCUGUGCAUGGCCCGUGCUCAAGGCCCUGCGGCCUUUGGGACACGCCUGAGCCUGCCUUCCCCGGGGGAGACGGAGCAGGUGCGCCUGAAGCUGCUGCAGCUGUCCCGGACAUACUCGCCCAGCGCCCAGGUGCAGAGGCUCCUGCAGGCCUGCAAGCUGCUCUACACCACCCUGAGGGCCCAGGCAGGGGAAGGUGCCGGUGCUGACGAGUUCCUUCCACUGCUGAGCCUCGUCCUGGCCCAGUGCGACCUUCCAGAGCUGCUGCUGGAGGCCGAGUACAUGUCAGAGCUGCUGGAGCCAGCCCUGCUCACGGGAGAGGGUGGCUACUACCUGACCAGCCUCUCAGCCAGCUUGGCCCUGCUCAGCAGCCUGGGCCAGACCCACGCCCUCCCCCGGAGACCCUCGCAGGAGCUGCAGCAUGCUCUUCAGCUCUGGGAGCAGCGCCGCCUGCCGGCUACCCACAGCUCCCAGCACCUUCUCCGCGUUGCCUAUCAGGACCCCAGCACCGGGUGCACGUCCAAGACGCUGGCUGUGCCCCCAGAGGCCUCGAUUGCCACCCUGAGCCAGCUCUGUGCCACCAAAUUCCGAGUGGCCCAGCCUGACUCCUUCGGCCUCUUCCUAUACAAGGAGCAGGGCUACCACCGCCUGCCUGCUGGAGCCCUGGCCCAUGGGCUGCCCCCCACUGGCUACCUUGUCUACCGCCGGGCAGAGUGGCCAGAGGCCCAGGAACAGGGCACUGAGCAGCCUGAAGUGGGGAGCCGGGAGGAAGGGAAAAGGGACGCGGAGAGUGGAGACAAGGACAGAGCCAGUUCCAGACAGACUGGGAUCACUACCCACCAGGCUGAGGGCCAGGCAGGGGGAGGCCCCAGGCAGCCAGGGGAGUCAGGGGACGUGGAGAGCCAGGUAGCCGAGGAGUAGCUGGAAGAGGAGGAGGAGCUGGAAGGUGGGGAGUAGCUGGAAGCUGGGAGAGUACCUGGAAAGUGAGGAGUAACUGGGAGGUGAGGAGUAGCUGGAAGCCAGGGAGUAGCUGGUAGUGGUCAGAGGAUCAUGUGGAGCAGGGACUCUGAGCCUUCUGGGAAGGCCUUCCGGAGCCGUCAGCCCCACAUUCUCGGCCACCACCAUCCCAGCUGUCCCCCAUGUCUGCAGUACC